AUGUAUAGUGCCGAUCAUGACAAAGAAGAUCGGAAUGGUAAGCUAUCAGUGGAUGGUGAGGAGGAUUUAGCUGUUGUGCCCCACAAACGAUCAAAAAAAGAGAAGGAAAAGUCUCCGCAGGCUGAAGUUUCGAAACUUGAAAAACCAUUACCUGGAGCAGAAGUUUCCAAAGCCCGACAGCGUUGGAAUUUAUUGUCAUAUCACGUGCGAUGCAACUACAAAAAACAAGCCAGUGAUGUUACGACUGAUGUGGAAGCAACGUUUGUUGUUUUUGAAGCUUUUUUCAUCCCAAAACUUUCCAACACGGGUCGUUGGUACCACUUGAAAUCCCCUGUUGGAGAUGUCGAGUUCGAUGUUCACAUCUAUUCAGCUGUUAUCGUGACACCCAAUAUUUUGGUUGGUUUCAACAAUAGCGGAAAUAUCAAAAUAUGGCCAUCCGAAGAAUGUUUAGCAUAUUAUUUGCUAAAACAUGAAAGGCUAGUCCGAAACAAAACUAUCCUGGAACUUGGAUCCGGAAUGGUUGGUUUAAGUGGUCUUACUUCGGUUGCGCUUGGUGCAGCAGAAGUAGUUUUGACAGAUGGUAAUGAGAAGUCCGUGGAAAACAUCCGACAAAUCAUUGAAGUAAAUAAGUUAAGCAGCCAUGUAACCUGCUCUGUGCUACCCUGGAAUAUUACUAUACCAAACAAGCAAUUUGAUGUUAUUUUAUGUGCUGAUUGCUUAUUUUUCACGGAAGAACAUCGUACUUUGCUGAAUUGCAUCUAUAGACAUCUAAAGCCCGGCGGAAUCGCAUGCGUUAUGGCGCCGGAUAGAAGUGGUACUCUCCGAGCAUUCCUGGAUCUUAUAUAUGAGGAGCGAAAACAAUGGCAAAGUUACCAAGAAAUCCUCGAUGCUAUCCAUUAUUCGUGCAUGCUUAUACAGGACGAAGUUGUUGAGGAAUUGGAGAAAAAAGGUCAGAAAAUGGAAUUUGACAAAGAAGUGGUUGCACAAGUGGCUUUUACUAUAUGUGAUACUUUAUGUACUACCUGGCCCAGUGAACUCUUGCAAUUCGCUAAGCACGCAAGGCGUUCAAUCGUCAACAUUUCGGAUUUGAGGCUUCUUUUCCGAAGAAAUGAAAGCAUGCUUUCGUUUAUUGGAAACAUUGCUGAAAGUUCAUUGCUUUCGGCUAAAAAAAGGCGGUCUCGGAAGGGUGCAAACAAAAAGAACAGCAAAGCAACAGAUAGUACUGGGAAGAUAGAUAAUGAAAAUUCGAAGGAUGUGGGUACUUUGCUAUCUGAAAAUAAAGAUACUCUAAAAUUAACGGAUUUUUGGGACCAACCUUCAACGAGUCAAGAACGAUCAUUGCCGUCGUUUGGAACAUCUUCUAAAUAUAUUUCAGCAACAACUACCGACGAAAAUUUCCUGCCUAGUUCAAUAUCUUUGCAAAGAAAAGAGAUUGCCACAAAAAAGAAGGAAAUUAUAUCCUGUUGCAAGCAAAAAGAAGACAUUAUUACCGAGUCAAGGAAGACAGAUAACAGAAGUGAAAGACAAAAUCAAACAACGAACGACUGGUUACAGCCAGCCUUUCAUUUUGAUGAUUCUGAAUCCAGAGAAAAGCAAGAACUAGAAUCUAUAGAUAUUAAUAUUCCAUGUUAUUCAGGCAAAGAAGAUUUACAGGAGCGAAAACCACAUUCCGUUAGUAGUUCUUUGAGCAUUGCUAAUCGAGAAAUGCACGGAAAAAAUGAGUUAAAUAUAUCUCUCUGUGCAACGGAUCUAUUCGAAGAAGUAAAAAUGAAUGCAAAAAAUUCAAUCGUUUCAACCUUAGAAUUACAUAAUGAAAUGCUUACUAAAAGUUCAACUACAGUAGUUCCUAGUCGUGAAAUAUCAUCCCAUAUGCAAACAAAUAAAAUUGGUACAGACAAUACUGAAUUCCGAAUCGGUAGUCCGCUGAAGAGGAAGUCUAUUUUCCCAUCUGUUGCUCCCGUAUUGAACUCGAUAACAAAGAAACAGCUUGUGGAUACAUCUUUAAGAAAUAAAUCCAGCAUUGCAGAUGACUGUUUCUCAUCCUUCAAAUUUGAAUCAGAUGACGAAGAUUCGGACUCGAAUCUUUCACUGGUAAAAAAUAAAGUCACAAAUGACAAGAAGGCAAUGUCACCGUCAAUAAGUAGUAAUAGGUGCUUUACUGAUAAUUAUUUUCCAACGAAUAAUAACCAGGAAGAACAUCAGAAUACUAGUGGUGAAGAAAGUGAUAUAGAUCUAGAUGCAACUGUUUUUGAUUUUUAA